AACUAUCAUUUUUGCCCCGUAUGUAACAAAAUAUACGAGAACCCGUGAUAAAAUCGUAUUUUAUCCUUCGCAUCCCACUAUUCCCCCCGCCUUAUUCCGGUGGGAAUAAACCCAAAACUCCGAGCGGUGUUUAUUUAGCGCCGUCGCCGACCACCUCGAGCUUCUUCCUCCUCCACCAAACCCUAACCCUAACCCUGAUGGAUUCGUCGUCAUCGUCCUCCUCCUUCGAUCGCUUCAGCCGCCGCGCCGCCGUGAUCGCGCGCCACCUCCGGGACCCGGCGCUCCCCGCGGCCGCGUCCACGGCGGCGGCGAUCGAGGCGGCGCCGUGCCUCCGCUACACCCCGCCGGAGCUCUCGGAGGGGCCCCCGGCGUUCGAGCCCCGGGAGCUCCGGCGGCUCCUGGACGGCCACGGCGUGGCGGAGCGGGACUGGCUCUUCCGCGCCAUGGAGGAGAGCCCGCUCUUCUGCCCCCGCCGCCGCGGCGGCUCCGGCGAGGGGAGGGUGUUCGUGGCGCCGGACUACAACCAGACGAAGGAGCAGCAGCGGGAGAUGACGAUGCGGCGGAUCGGGCACCUGAAGAGCCGGGGGGUGUUCGAGGGUUGGCUCACCGCCGCCGCGGGGGACGACGAGGCGGAGAUGCGCAAGCUCGCCUUCUUGGAGUGCCUCGGCAUCUACGACCACUCCCUCGCCAUCAAGAUCGGCGUCCACUUCUUCCUCUGGGGUGGUGCUAUCCAGUUUUUUGGUACAAAACGUCAUCACGACAAAUGGUUGAAGGACACUGAGGAUUAUGUAGUUAAGGGAUGUUUUGCAAUGACUGAACUGGGCCAUGGGAGCAAUGUGCGUGGAAUCGAGACAAUUGCCACUUACGACAAAAGCAGUGGGGAGUUUGUCAUAAACACUCCCUGUGAAUCAGCUCAAAAAUAUUGGAUAGGAGGAGCUGCUAAUCAUGCUACUCACACAGUAAUCUUCGCCCAACUCCAUAUGGACGGAAUUAAUCAAGGAGUCCAUGCUUUCAUAGCUCAGAUUAGAGACGUAGAUGGAAAUAUAUGCCCCAAUGUCCGCAUAGCUGAUUGCGGUCAUAAGACUGGGCUUAAUGGAGUUGAUAAUGGCCGGAUAUGGUUUGACAACAUCCGCGUUCCGCGGGAAAACUUGCUAAACUCUGUUGCUGAUGUGUUACCAGAUGGGCAAUACGUGAGCUCAAUAAAGGACCCAGAUCAGAGAUUUGCGGCUUUUCUCGCUCCACUGACGUUUGGUCGAGUAAACAUUGCAGUUAACACUGUUUAUAUGUCAAAGAUAGGUCUGGCGAUUGCUGUGCGAUAUGCUUUAACAAGACAGGCUUUCGCAAUCACACCAAAUGGUCCAGAACUUUUGUUGCUUGACUAUCCAAGUCAUCAACGGCGUCUCGUGCCACUACUAGCGAAGGCAUGUGCAAUGAGUUUUGCAGCCAACUAUUUGAAGAAAAUGUAUUUGAAAAGGACCCCAGAGUCGAACAAAGCAAUACACAUUUAUUCUAGUGCUCUCAAAGCCGUACUGACCUGGCAAAAUAUGAGCACUCUGCAGGAGUGUCGUGAAGCUUGUGGCGGACAAGGCCUUAAGACAGAAAAUCGGAUAGGGAUUCUUAAAAGUGAAUAUGAUGUGCAGUCCACCUUCGAGGGCGAUAAUAAUGUGUUAAUGCAGCAGGUUAGUAAAGCACUUCUUGGGGAAUACGUAGCUGCUCAGAAAAGGAAGAUACCUCUUAGAGGACUAGGAUUGGAGCACAUAAAUGAACCUUGCCCUGAUAUUCCUGAGAAUCUAACAAGCUCUAUCUUAAGGAGCUUCAAGUUUCAGACUGAUAUAUUCUGCUUGCGUGAGAGAGAUUUGCUGAAGCGCUAUGCUGACGAAGUCUCACAGUAUCAAGCCAAGGGAGAGAGUAAAGAGAGAGCAACAUUGCUGAGUUAUCCACUUGCUGAAGAUUUAGCUAGAGCAUUUACCGAACGCACAAUUUUACAAACAAUUUUGGAGGCUGAGAUGGCGCUAACUGCAGGUCCCUUGAAGGAUGUAUUAGGUUUGAUGAGAUCGAUGUACUCAUUGAUCUGCAUGGAAGAAGGGGCGUCGUUUCUCCGGUACGGAUACUUGUCGAUCGGCAACGCUGCUGCCGUGAGGAAAGAAGUCAUGGCACUGUGUAGCAAAAUAAGGCCCCACGCCCUCGCCAUUGUUAGUUCCUUUGGAAUACCCGAUGCUUUCUUGAGCCCGAUUGCAUUUGACUGGAUCGAUGCAAACACGUGGUCUUCUCCGAACAACGAAUUACAGUGGUCCGCAGCCGCACAACUAUACGAAUCAAAUGGUAUCAACUUAUUUGCCUGUACCAAAUAAAUUCUAAAAGAUAAGUUAGCAAUGGCUUCACAUAUUCGACUGCAAGCUUCUGUAAAAACGUGAAUAAUGAUGGUGAUUAUAAUAGUAAGUUAUUAUCUUGACCCUUCACUCUCU